GUCGGCUUUUCAAUAAAGUUUUGUCAAAAUAUGUUUUAGUGUUCUUUAGAUCUCGUACUUAUUUGUGUAAUUUACAAAGAAUUUCGUUUAAUAACUCGUAAAAUGUUUCAAACGUGUCAUCUACUGAAGAAGAUCACCGUUUUGCGGUUGGUAACAGAAGGGCGUUGACAUAUAAUCUAAAAGGCGAAACGAGAAGAUGCGUCUGUGACAUUAAUUCGCCAGUAGCAACUCGAUCGGAUUCGUUGUUACGGUUAAUCUUUUAUAAACUAAUUGAGAAACAUGUCAAUUAAUUUAACGAAAAACAAAGACGCUUUGGUAGCUGCUUGGCACAGCGUAGUCGACGACAAAUCGUCUACUAACUGGGCUUUAUUCGGAUAUGAAGGGCAGACUAACAAUUUAAAGGUUGUUGCAACAGGAACUGGUGGUGUGGAAGAAUUAAUUGAUCGAUUAGACAGUAGUUAUAUCAUGUAUGCCUUUUGUCAAGUAAUAGAUACUAAAACAACCCUGCCAAAAUGUCUUUUAAUAAAUUGGCAAGGAGAAGGUGCACCAAUAGUUAGGAAGGGUACUUGCGCAAAUCAUAUUAGAGAUGUAGAAAAAUUACUGAAAGGUGCUCAUAUAACAAUUACCGCUCGCUCUGAAGAUGACGUCGAAGUAGAUUUUAUUAUGCAGAAGCUUGCCAGAGCAACAGCUUCUGCAUAUAAAUUUAACGAGCCACGCGGCGAGAACGAAGGUAACGCGGGUCCGGUUGGUACCACAUAUCGCAGAGUAAUCCCAGAGCAAGAAAUAAAUGCCACCGAACGCGAUCAAUUUUGGCAAAAAGAAGAAAUGGAGGAGAAGAAAAGACUAGAACAGGAACGCACGAAAUGCGAGCAGGAACGUCAAAGACUCGAAGAAGAAAUUAGAGCUCGAGAAGAAAAAGAAGCUCUGCUUAGAGAACAAAAAGUCACUGCCAAAGAAAACUCAAUAGCACGGCAGAAAAUGGCAGAACAACGCGCGGAGGAAGCCAACAAUUUACGUAAUCAAAUGGCAGCAAGUCAGCAUUUUAGUAAUGACGUUGAUGAUAGUCAUAAGUCUCGAAGCGAAGAAUUGCGACGGCAAAGAAGUAAAGAAACGCAACAGUUAAUAGCUCAAAGAACGAUAAAUGCUCGCGCAGUUUUUGAGCAAAAUUCAGCUGCCGGUCAAAUGAAGUCGUCAUCGGUACAACAAUUCGUUCAGAAAAACAGCCACGUGGAAGCAGCUAAGAAAGCUCUUGAGGAGAAUCAGCAGAAAGAUCCACCUCAGACUAAAGUAGAGGAAGAAGCGAAAGUUGAAGUGAAUACGACACAUAACUUGGAUUCGGUAACAGAUUCUGUUUCGGUUACACCCUCGGUUCAAACCCAAUCUGUAGAAGCAAAAGUGGCCGAUCCGCAAGAAGAACCCGAAGAAUCAUUAGCGACGAAAGAAGUCGUUACCGAAAAUGAAUUGUACAGCCAAAUGGAUGGUCAGUACUUAUACUUUGAUCCAAACAACGAAGGAAUGACAGCAAGGGCGCUAUACGAUUAUCAAGCAGCCGACGAUACAGAAAUUACUUUCGAUCCUGGAGACAUUAUUACGCACAUAGAUGCUAUCGAUGAAGGAUGGUGGCAAGGUCUUGGACCUGAUGGAACUUAUGGACUUUUUCCAGCUAAUUAUGUUGAAGUUAUCGAGUAUAACACGACAUGAUAAGAAACACGCUUGUAAAAAUAGACUACCUUUGUUUCCGAUCGAAAGAAAACCGUGCUUGCUUGUUCGUAUACGAAAAAAGUGAUAUUCAGUAUUUUUCAUUGUUACAGUGACUUUGCAUUUUCCUUUUAACACAGAACGUACAAUUUUAAGUAUUUAGAUAUCAUGUAUUUCGGAGAAUUGUGCUCAUUCAUAACAAGAGAACUAAUUAUGUUUUGAAGACGACUGCACACAUUAAAGAAGGAAUUUAAUAUUUCUAAUAAUAAUCACGCAGUAAAUAAAUAUUGUUAAUAUUCUAGCGGACAAGAUUUUAAACUUUAAUAGUGUCACAAUGCCAAUACAUACACAAAUGGCGAAGUACGUCUUCCCAUGUUUAACGUUUCGAAUGAAAAAUAAAUUAGCCGUAAACGAAUAUAUCUUUUUAUAACAUUCUCUGACGAAAAUCGAUGCGAUCAUAGGAAUAGCGUAUUUAAUAACUUAGCAAAAUACCCUUGCAUUUACAAAAUGUAAUAACUACUUAUUUAGGAAUAUGUUUAAUUCUUUAAACAAUAAAUACUUAAAUUUGUUAUAGUA